CUCUCUCCUUGUGUAACUUUCUGACCUUCGAUCAGCACUCUGUCUUCGCAGAGCCAGUGAUCGGAGUUGGCACUAUGUCUGCUGCAAUGUUUACCAGCAAAGCUUUUAAAAGUUCGCUCCCGGCGUUAAAGAAUCUGAAAUUUGGAGUCUACGCUAAACAUUCCGCUGCUGUGACGUCACCUUUGAACAGGCUGCAGCACACGCAGAGUCAGGAUGAAGGAAGGGCGUUCCGUCCAGAAACCUCGCUGGCCCAGAGCAUGAUGGACAUGGGCACCAGGAGAGUGUUCUCGGAGGAGCACGACAUCUUCAGACAGAGCGUGCGCCGCUUCUUCCAGGAGGAGGUGGCCCCUUUCCACCAGCAGUGGGAGAAGGACGGGCAGGUGAGUCGUGAACUCUGGGAGAAGGCAGGGCAGAACGGCCUGCUGGGAGUUAACAUUCCAGAGGAGCGCGGUGGAAUCGGGGGCGACCUGCUGUCUGCUGCAGUGGUGUGGGAGGAGCAGAUGUAUGUGAACUGCACCGGCCCAGGCUUCUCUCUGCACUCGGACAUAGUGAUGCCCUACAUCAGCAACUAUGGCAGCAAGGUGCAGAUAGAGCACUUCCUACCGCUGAUGACUGCAGGGAAGUGCAUCGGAGCCAUUGCCAUGACAGAGCCGGGAGCAGGCAGUGACUUGCAGGGGGUCCGAACAUUUGCCAAGAAGGACGGCAGUGACUGGAUUCUCAAUGGCAGCAAGGUGUUCAUUACCAACGGCUGGAUGAGUGACGUGGUGAUCGUGGUGGCUGUGACGGACCGUGAGGCUCGCACAGCAGCCCACGGCAUCAGCCUCUUCCUGGUGGAGAAUGGGAUGAAGGGGUUUAUCAAGGGGAGCAAGCUGGACAAGAUCGGGUUGAAAGCACAGGACACAGCAGAGUUGUUUUUCGAAGAUGUCCGUCUUCCUGCCGAUGCCCUCCUGGGAAAAGUUAACAGUGGCUUUUAUUACCUAAUGGCUGAGCUUCCUCAGGAGCGUCUUCUGAUUGCUGACAUGGCUCUUGCCAGCUGUGAGUUCAUGUUUGAAGAAACAAGAAACUAUGUCAAACAAAGGAAGGCCUUCGGCAAAACCAUUGCACACUUACAGACUGUGCAGCACAAGCUGGCGGAGUUGAAGACGGAGAUCUGUGUGGGACGCUCCUUUGUAGACAGCUGUUUGCAGCUGCACUCGGAGAAGAAGCUGGACUCCUCCACUGCCUCCAUGGCAAAGUACUGGGCUUCUGAUCUGCAGAACAGAGUGGCCACACAGUGCGUGCAGCUGCACGGAGGCUGGGGCUACAUGGCAGAGUACCCCAUUGCCAAAGCCUUCGUGGAUUCCCGUGUCCAGCCCAUCUACGGAGGCACCAAUGAGAUCAUGAAGGAGCUGAUUGCAAGAACUAUUGUUGGCAGCAAGUGAGAGUGAGGCGAGUUGGGGGAUUUCGGAGGGCUUCCAUUCUGUGCCUUAUUUUACUGUCUGGACUUCAGGUAUUACACCAGCACAAAGAGAAUGGAAGCAUUUCACCUCCAGGACUCCUCUCUUUAUCCCAGACAAAUCUAGCCCUCAAAGAAAGCAUAUAUAAAAAAAAUACACAUCACUUCCCUCUUCCUACUGUGUUUGCUUAUGGGAGGCAGGUGAAAAAUAGGAAAUUCUACAAAUCAGUAUAGGAAUGUUAAAUAUAGCAUUUGGUUACAGUUGCACUUCGUAGACUUCGACUUCCUUGAGAUGUUAUUCCUAACACCUGAAGCUCCAAAACAACUUCUUGAUAAACUUCUUGAGGUUAUGAAGCAUUUUGCAGACAUAUACUGGGCUAAUUCUCAAAGCUGUUUACUCCAAAUCAUAUUUAGCUUGCUUAUUUCAGAGAGGAAAAACACCUAAUAAAGCGAACAAAUCAGAAAUAAACAACUCGGAUGUCUUAUGAGGUGUUUGUUUACAGGCUUGGGUUGUUAUUGAAUUUUUUUUAGAGCUGUAAUUGUUUUUUUUUUCCUUUUGAGAACAAAUUGAUCUAAUGAUGAUUUGGAGUAAACAGCUUGGUGGUUCUGGCCUACUGUGUAUUUUAGUUUUUCUUGGGACUGAAGGCCGCCGCACACCAGACACAAUUAGAUUUUUCAUUGGGCAACAAGACACUUUCGCAGCAGCAUGACCAUACACACUAGAAGCAACACAGAGGCAAUGCGACAGGUUUGAAAACUGCCAGAUCAAUAAAACUAUAAAAAAGCGCUAUUGACAAAACCACGUUCAAGACCGGUACAUAUUCGUCAACACGAUGUGGUAAUUAUGAGUGCCUUCUCUAACGGUAUUUCAGCAUAUGGUAAUAAAUUGUACAGACCAGGCUUAUCCAGUGCCUUUGCAAUGGAUUCCCAUAGAUUACCUUUGCAUUGAUGAAAGAAAGGGGAUUUUUCCACGCCAAGUAUUAUGGGUUCCUUCGUCAUUUUGGAUGCUGCUUCACAUUGACUCUGUUCUGUGAUUGGUAAAUUCCAUAGUUUUCACUUGACAAAUUGCAAAGAAAGAGGAUUGAAUUGUAUGUAUUUCACGUCGCCCUGGUGUUGCCCCCUGUGGUGUGACAGUUUCGCUUGUCGCAUCGCGUCUGGUGUGUAACAGCCUUUGCUGUGCAAAAACCUUUAGAAAGUCCAACAAUUCAUGUCAAAUAGGCAGACUAAAUUGAAUGCAACAACAUCUCUUUAAUAUCCUGGACAUUAUCAAUACAUUGCCCAUACAAAAAAAAAAUAAAAGAAAAAAAGAAAUUUCAAGAAGCAGACUAAUAAUCCAACUAAAAUACAUUAUGUACGGGGGAAAUCGAGAUCUUAAACAGAACUGUGGAGGGCUGAGUGUGAUCGAUAUAAAAUCCAAAUGAAAAUGAAAAAAAAAAAAAAGGAAAUGAGGUAUUUUGCACACCUCUGCGAUGCCUUCACUCCAUUAAGCUAAAAGGAUUUGUUUAUUGUUAAAUAGAGGAAAGUGUCCUUUGUCUGCAGUUAGUAGGAUUCCUCGUGGUAGCAGCUGGCUCAGUGGAAGUGUUUUAAUCUUGUUUGUGAGCUGUAGGCCUCGAAGGCUCAGCCCAGACAACAUGAUUUUUGCAGGAUUUUGUUUCUGCGUGAGAAAGCAGCAAUUUGCCAUGAAUGCAAUUUUUUUUUUUUUUUACAGUUUUUAAACUGAAUAAAUCUGGUUUAACUUUGCAGUGCCAUACAUGAAUGCAGCAGGAAUCUAUAAUAUCUCAUGUAUAAAAGAUUAAGGUGUUAGUUUUGUGAAAAACCCUGUUUACUUAAUGCAUGUAAUUUUUUACUGUUGCCUUCUAAAAUAAAGGUUUAUGACAGUU